AUGUUAUAUCCUCUAGUCGAAUCGUCAUUGCCGGAUGAUACAUUAAGAGCAUGGCAAAGAUUCCGAGUUAUUAAUCGCAGUCAGAGAGAAUCUGAAAGUAGUGAGCAAAAAGAGAAAAAUGCGUCAACACAUCGCAUGGAUUUAGAUGGUUUGCUUUCAUUUUUGCUCGAUGAAAUUGAAGGUGAAGAGAGAGUAUCUAUAGCUACUCAGUGCUUUACUAAAUAUCAGACACCUAAGCCUGGGAAUGCUAAACACUUUGGUUUCAAAAACCGUGGAGAAUUUUCCAAAACACCUUCUGCUUCUACUCUAAUAGCAACAUCUGAACAAAAUUCAACUGGAUGUAUUUUUUGUGCUGGAAAUCAUGCAUCUGGUGAUUGCUUUAAAGCAAGAAAGAUGACGUCUGAGGAAAGGCAAAAAGCAGUUCUAAAUAGUCGCAGUUGCUUUUUAUGUUUAGACAGAAAACAUGUAAUAGCUAAAUGUAAAAAACGAACAUCGUGUGUGAUUUGUGGGAAGAAACACCACAUACUUUUAUGUAGAAAUAUCCAAGCUGAAUCAAAAUCUCCAGUUCCUGUUAGCAUGAAUAAGGAUGAAAAUACGGAUGCAGUACCUGAACGAGAUGAAACCCUCGCCAAUUUGGCGAGAACAACAAAUGUGUUUUUGCAAACUUUAACGGUUACAUUGAAAGGGCGAGAUAGAAAGCGCCAGGCCCGUGCUAUUAUCGAUUCAGCUUCACAAAGAUCUUAUAUUUUAAAAAGCACUGCAGAUGAAAUGAAAUUUGAGAGUACAUCUAAAGAAAGAUUGAGCCAUUCAUUAUUUGGCGGGUCAUGUACUGAUGUCAUAAACCACGAUGUUUUUACAGUGUUCUUGUCUAAAACGGAUGGAACUUAUCAUUGUAACUUCAAAGCUCUUAGCCAAGAUAUUAUUUGUGGAAGUAUACCACCAGUUGCUAAUGGCGAGUGGAUUCGAGAGCUUAAAGAGAACAAUAUUUCCGUAUGCGACGAUAGUAAUGGACCAAUAGAAAUACUUAUUGGCGCUGACAUUGCAGGCAAGUUGAUGACCGGAGGAUUUAAAUUGCUUACUUCAGGCCUUGCUGCUAUAGAAACAAAACUUGGUUGGACUCUUUUUGGGAAAAAUGGUAUGCGUGAGAUCUCGGACAAUUCCGCACUGCUCGUCACAUCCAUGUUGAAUAAGGAAAUAUUGAUAUCCGAUCUAUGGUCUCUAGAUUCACUUGGAAUUCUAGAUCCCUCAGAGAAGAAAAGUAAACUGGAACUUCAAGAAGAAGCUGUAAAGAGAUUAGCUUCUACAGUAAAACGACUAAAAGCUGAGAAACUUUAUGAUGCUUAUGGAGAAGUUUUUAGUGAAUGGGAACGAGAAGGCGUCAUAGAAGAAGUACCAAAAAGCGAAAUUGAUGUAACAUGCCAUUAUCUACCACAUCGACACGUAGUAAAAGAAAACAGUACUACACGAAUCAGGCCAGUGUUUGAUGCCUCGGCCAAACAAAAAGGAUCACCUAGUCUCAAUGAUUGUCUAGAAAAAGGUCAGAACCUUAUCGAACUGAUUCCUUCAAUUCUUCAUAGAUUCCGAAUGAACAGAAUAGGAGUUUCUGCAGAUAUACGAAAAGCAUUCUUACAAAUAAGUCUCAACCCUAAGGAUAAAGACUAUCUAAGAUUCUUAUGGUAUAGAACUGAUGGAAAACUGAAGUAUUACAGGCAUUGUAGGGUAGUAUUUGGAGUUACAAGUAGCCCUUUCUUGCUAGUUUCUGUAAUUCACCAUCUUCUAGAAUCCACUUUGAAACAACUAAAUGGAAACCCAAAGUAUAAAGUGGAUAUUAUUGAGCAAUUGAAGAAGAGCUUUUAUUGUCUGGAAAGAAUGAGAAUACCAAGAUGGUUAAACUGUGAUCGUGAGAUUGAAAAUAUCUCACUUCAUUUCUUCAGUGAUGCGAGUAAACUUGCAUAUUCAGCUGUGGCCUUUGUUCGAGUACAAACAAGAGAUUCGGUUCAAGUUCAUUUGGUGCAAGCUAAAGCGAGAGUUGCACCCAGCGGAAGGAAAAAGACAACAAUAGCUCGAUUGGAACUUCUUGGAGCUACAAUAUGUGCACGUUUAGCAUCCAGCAUAAUACCUGAAUUUCAAGCUGAUGAUAUUUAUUUUUGGACAGAUUCGUCUACUGUGCUAGCUUGGAUACAGAGGAAAUGA